AGCUUAAUUGAAACGUAGUAGGACAGGCAGCAAAUUGCGCGAACACGCCGCUAGGCUUUGAAAAAACUACAUAGAGACGAGGGAAGCCCUGUAAGAGCAUUAAAAAAAACAAGCAAGGCUGUUCCUCUUUGGCAUUGUCAAGUUGGUAUAUAAAAAGCAAUAUGGUGAAGCCGUGUGAGGUUUGCCUUAUGGUUACGUAUUCAGUUAUGGCGACGAUUGGUCUGGUUGGAAAUCUCCUCGUUUGCUUUGUAAUUCARCAAAACCGACCCGUGAAAAGACCGAUCAACUAUCUCUUCCUAAACUUGGCGAUAUCGGAUACUAUUGUGUUAGUAUUUAUAACUAUUGACUUCGUUUUGGUACAUUUAUACCAGCACCCAAGUGGGAAAACUGGAGMCUUUCUUUGCCGUUUUAUAACUGGUGGAAGUAUUGCAUGGAUCGGUGCGGUUUCUUCAGUAUGUACAAUGAUCUGUAUUUCAUUUGAGCGAUUCUACAUAGUUCUAAAGCCUUGCCAGUAUCUUAAACUGUUCACUGUUUCGAAUAUCAAACUAGCUAUGAUCUUUUCGUGGKUUUUUGCGGUAAUAUUCAACGUMCCAUUGUUCAUUUAUGGUCAUUUUGACGAGCGCGCGCGCGAGUGUUCAGAAAGUUGGCCUUCRUUGGACUUCGCUAUAGUUUACGUSUUUAUUUGGYUGAGYUUUGUAGCAAUUCUCCCAGCUAUCAUAGUCCUAGUGAUUUAUUCACAGAUUAUUUACACUUUGUGGCUAAAGAAGGAAGGAACGCUCACGAUAAUUACAAAAACAGCGAUUCACAAAGCGAGAAAAAAAGUCACCAAAGUAGUGUACAUCAUCAGUCUUAUCUUUUGCCUWAGUUGGUUCCCACCUCUCAUAGACAACGUCAUAGUCAUUUUCGCGCCAAAUCGAUCUCUCUCUGACGUCACACACAAAGCAACAGUGUUCUUGGUCGUGUUUAAUUCAUCUGUAAAUCCACUGAUCUACACGUUUCAAAGCGCGCGCUUUCGGCAGCAUUUGAAAUGCUUGAUCUUCAAAAGGCGUAACAGAAACACCAUUUGUCCUGCUCAAAUUGAGGAGACUCCMAAAAACGCGUGGGUACCCCCACUGAGGAGAAACAAGUCCAGYCAGGAGGCUAUGAAAGAACUCAACGUGGCGACUCAGGAUUUGUUGUUUUUGUGGCUUACAGGUCCUUAAAUGCGAUAUAAAACGGUUUUAACUACACCUUAUCCGUUCUUAGAGUCGUUUCCAUAUGUCCUUGUAAUGAAAACGGCCAUAAACAAAAACGAUAGAUUUGCAGUGUCAUAGAAACUA